AUGAUUAACAAUAAUAAUAAUAAGACAGAUAUGAAUCCCUGUAUGGUAUCCGAAGAGCUGUAUUUCAUACAACUCUUAUCAUCGAUACUAUUGUUUGCCAUAAUAUUAAUCACAUUCAUUGGCAAUGUUUUGGUGAUAACAGCGGUCACCACAACACCUAACCUACGGAUCGCAUUCAAUUACCUGAUCCUAUCGCUCAGCAUCGCUAACCUGUUGAUGAGUGUGGUGUCAAUGCCGGUGACCGCGUAUCAAGAAGUUGUACAUUUGAAUACAUGGUCAUUUGGAAAGACCGUAUGCGUUGUACAUCAUGUGAUUACAUAUUCCCUGGGAAUCGCCUCAUUCUUCCACAUCUUCUUCAUAGCCAUCGAUAGGUAUCUCUCGGUCUCGAGGGUUGACUACUCGGCGAACCGUAGUCUAAGGCCUACGCUGGCAAUGAUCGCCAUAUCGUGGAUAUUAUCUGUGGCACAGGGUGUGAAAUUAAUGGUCAAUUACGGUAAUACUGAUCUGUUUUUUGUGGAGAGCAUAGGCGCCAUUAAUGAGUUGUAUUUCAUACAACUCUUAUCAUCAAUACUAUUGUUUGCCAUAAUAUUCAUCACAAUAAUCGGCAAUCUAUUGGUCAUACUGUCGGUCAUCAAAACACCUAAACUGCAGAUCAGACCCAAUUACCUGAUCCUAUCGCUCAGCAUCACUGACUUGUUAGCGGGUAUGGUGUCAAUGCCGGUGACCGCCUAUCUAGAAGUGGUAUACCUGGGCGACUGGCUUAUGGGAAACGCCAUGUGUCACAUCCAUAUGUUGAUCGCUCACGUCCUGUCCAUCUCCUCAUUUCUCCACAUCUUCUUCAUAGCCAUCGAUAGGUAUCUCUCGGUCUCAAGGGUUGAGUACUCGACAAACCGGAGCCUAAGGCCGGCGUGGGUUAUGAUUGCCAUUUCGUGGACAUUAGCGGUGAUGAAAGGUAUGGGCCGUUCGUUGAGCCAUAUUAACAGCGAUUUAUUGUACGUGGAGAGUAUGGACGCACAACUAUGCGCCUAUUCGGACGACCCGGAUUAUUGGGUGCUCGGCACCGUGGUUAUAGCCAUGACAUUGUCCGUGAAAUCGUGUGAAUUUCGUAACAAAACCCAAACUAAUAGUCAAAAACAAAAGCCAACGAAUCGGGAGAUGAAUCGGGAGAUUCAAGUGGCCAAACGCUCCGUAACGGUUGCCCUGGCGUUUACCGCCUGUUAUCUACCCUAUUGGUUAAUGUGUCUCACUGCAGAUAUUAACAAGCUGGAUUAUAAAACGGUGUAUUAUGACCGACCGUAUGGCCACUUGAAAUUCACGAUUCAGCGCCCGAUCCUAUAA